AUGGGGAAAAGGGGCUGGACGCUCACGGACCUGGGAAAGGCAGCCAAGGCACGUAUCGCAGUGGGCGAUGUGGUCCUGUCUAUUGAUGGCAUCAGUACUGAUGGAAUGAACCACCUGGAAGCUCAGAACAAGAUCAAGGCCUGCGCUGGCAACCUCAACCUCAACCUGCAAAGAGCCUCCACCAUCCCGAAACCUCCCGUGGCCCCGAAGGUCGAGCCAUCAGACAUCAUUAAGCCUGUGGCAAUUAUCAGCCACCACCCCCACCACCAUCCCACUGAGCCCACCAGUCUUACCCCCAGCGCGCCACACAACAAAACUGCCCGGCCCUUUGGGGGCUGCGGGGGAGAGGACAGGGACUACCCCAUCGCACGCUCCCCCCAUUCCGCCUUCAUUCCCUCUGCAUCCUCUGCCUUCACCCCCGCCACCCUGGCCCGCACUCCUCCUCCUCCACCCCAGCUCCUCUUCCCUUUCUCGUCCUGCUCCUCACCCCCCUCCCUCCCUGCCGCACCCCAGCCCUCUGUCUAUAACACGCCCUUCAACCUCUACUCCAACGAGAACGCCUGCGAGGUGGCCAUGGGCCAGAGGCGGGGCCUAACGGAGAGCCAGGGAGGAGCUGUGCAGUUGAACGGGGUUCCUAGGAAGCCCAUUCUGGAGACAGACAUUGAGUUCUACCACGUGCCUUCCCAUGGAGACGCCAGCAAGAAGCGCCUGAUGGAAGACACAGAGGACUGGCGUCCCCGCAGUGGCACCACCCAGUCCCGCUCCUUCCGAAUCCUGGCCCAGAUCACCGGCACUGAACACCAGCAAGCACAGAGGAGCGAUUCGAGAAACAAGACAAACAGUUCCCUUUUGACACCGCUAGAGGGCGAUGGUGACCUAGGAGAUAUUCAAGCCAUUGGGUGGGAUUGGGAAGCUAGUGAUGUCCAUCACAAUGACUUCUCCUCUACUACAGACCAUAUACAUACGGCUCCUCUCUCACCUAUGCACAGCUCCUCUGCAGUACAGCCACUACUCUCCCCAAAGCCAGUGAGGUACGGGAAUCAUACCAGUCUACUCUGUCCCAGUGUCCUUAUCAGUGUAAAGUCUGCUGCCCCCUUUCCUCUGUUCUAUGGGUGCAGGCGAGAGCUCCUGUUGAACCCACUGGAGUUCCUCCCUCGAGGUGGUCCCUGCCCACCGGCCCUCACCCCUAGUGCACCGACUCUGGCUAUACGGUCCCAUUCUACUGUUAUUGGUUUACAGGCCAGAACCCCGCACAGGUCACCUGAGGGGACGGUCUCUCAGUCCCUAUUGGAUGCCUUGCUCAUUACGCCUAUCACCACCCUCCCGCCCCUCCGUCUGAGGAAGAAGAAGCGUCGGAGUGUUAGUGCCUUACACCUGCCCAACAACAAGAGAGUCUCCUGGCACCAAUCAGUCACUGAUCUGGGUGACCCCAACCUCUCCUCUCCUGUCAAUGCUGUCUAUAUCUUUAGUGAGGAGGUGGAGGAGCCAGAGACCAGUUCUCACAUGUCGUCUGCAGUCAAGACCAUGACCAAAGGACCUGCUGGCAGCCCCAACAACUCCAUCACCUUUACCACCACUCGGGGUAAACUGUGUUCAGGUUUCCCUAAACCAGGCCUUCAGACAUGUUUUGGGGUGAAGGGGAACGGCACCACCAAUGUUCGCCCUAAGGGCCCUGUCCCAGAGAGGCCGGCCCCCCAGCCCCAUCCCAAAGACCAGGACACUCUGGUGCAGAUGGCCGAACACAUCCCUGCAGGGACACGCACGCCCAUGUGUGGCCACUGCAACAUGGACAUCAGAGGGCCGUUCCUGGUGGCCAUGGGAAAGUCCUGGCACCCCGAGGAGUUUAACUGCGCCCACUGCCGGACCUCCCUGGCAGACAUUGGCUUCGUGGAGGAGCAAGGCUCGGUCUACUGUGAACACUGCUACGAGGACUUCUUCGCACCUUCCUGUAGCCGCUGCCAGAUGAAGAUCCUGGGGGAAGUGAUCAACGCCCUGAAACAGACCUGGCACAUCCAUUGUUUCCUGUGUGCAUCGUGCCAGCAGCCCAUUAGGAACAACACCUUUCACCUGGAGGAUGGAGAGCCCUACUGUGAAAGAGACUAUUACUCCCUUUUGUCAGCUUGCCAUGGUUGCGAGUCCCCAUAGAGGCAGGACAAGUUCUUGGAGGCUCUGGGCUUCACCUGGCAUGACACCUGUUUUGUGUUGUGUGGUACGUUAGGCCUUGCAGUGUAUUGUGUGUGCUGUGUGGCUCAGUUGGUCGAGCAUGGUGUGAGUUUGAUUCUCAGUGGGGCAACCCAUACGAAAAUGUAUGCAUGCACUUCUGUAAAUCGCUUUGGAUAAAAGUGUCUG